CGCCUGUUGUUUUCAUUUCUAUGCCGAAAAAUUAAUAUUUUAUUCAAAGUUUGUAUUUAUUUAAAUUUACUGAUUAUUGUGUCCUAAAACUGAUUUGCUUAUUAUGAUAUUCAAACAUUCAAGCUACAAACUAUCAAAGAGUGACGACCAACAUUUGAAUGCUUCAUUGUCUGUACAAGGUCAACAGCAACUACAACAUCAGCAGCAGCUGCAACAAUUCAAUAGUGGACAACAGCAAUCAAUCACAAAUCAAUAUCACAGUGCAACAAUGAGCGAUCAUACCUUUCACACACCAUCAUUUGGAGAUGAAGAAUUUGAUAUACCAGUAGAUAUCCAUCAUGCAUCACAGGCACCACUGAAUCAAUAUCAAAUGCACGGUCAAAUAAGUGGCAUGAUUAAUAAUCAACAAGGAUACAAUCAACAUCAAUGGACACCACAAGCUGCUGAAUCUCAUAUGAUGGCACCAAAUCAAACAUUUCAUAAUUUACAACCACCAACGAAUCAUUCUACAUUCCAUCACAUGACUAGUCCUAAUCAACAAAUGCUUAUAAUGCAACAGCCACAACAAACUCAUCAACAAGCACCAAAUCAUCAUCAACAGCAGCAGCAAAUUCAACCACAAAUGUCACCGCAAAUGAGUGGCGGUGGAAAUAAUUACAUUGGACCAUCAACACCGCAAACAGCGCCAAUUAACAGCCAUGAAAAUGGCUCGACGAGCGAUGAUAGUGAUGAUAAUGCAGUUAAUGAUCCAAAUAAUGCUUUGAGUCUUACUCAAUCAAAGGAGCCUGACAUAGCUAAAGGUGCGACAAAGAAGGCAACUAAAGCACCAGCAAAGAAAAAGAAGAAGGAUCCAAACGAACCACAAAAGCCCGUAUCAGCAUAUGCAUUAUUCUUUCGUGAUACACAAGCAGCAAUAAAGGGACAAAAUCCGAACGCAUCAUUCGGUGAGGUUUCGAAGAUAGUCGCAUCAAUGUGGGAUGUUUUGGCACCAGAACAUAAAAAUGUCUACAAAAAGAAGCAAGAGGCUGCAAAAAAGGAUUAUUUGAAAGCAAUCGCUGCGUAUCGAGCUGGAAAUUUACAGCAAGCAACUGAAGAAUCAUCAACAGUGACAGGAUCUCAGCAGCAAAAUCUAACAGUUCCACAACAACAAACAAUUCAGAAUACACAAACAGUUCAGAACUUCCCAUCACAAACAAUGACGCAAAGUUAUCAGCAGCCUCAGAAUUACGUGAAUCAGCAAACUGUAAUGAAUCCGAAUGUAAUGAUGAACAUGCCGAAUCAACAGACACAACAAAUUAUUGUUUCGCAACAGCAACAGCAACAGCAAAUAAAUCAGCCACAGAAUCAAUACAUGAAUAAUCAACAGAUUCAGCAAAUUGCGUCAACACAACAGAAUUUCCAGCAGCAGCCACUUCAGAUGAUAAAUAAUAAUGCCAAUCAAAUGCCACCAGUUCAAAUGCAGCAACAAUCACAGCCACAGCUACAGAAUUGUAUUAGAAAUGGAUGUACAAAUCGAGCGAUUGUGUCGGUUGAUUGGGAAGAUGAAUAUUGCAGUAAUGAAUGUGUCAUACUUCAUUGUCGUGAUGUUUUCGGAAAUUGGAUUCACAAUAAUUCAAAUAAUCAGCAACAAAACUUUUCAGCCGUAAAGUAAAAGAGAAUCCUUAAUGAGAUUUUCAAAGCUUAAUUAGUAAAUCAUCUAAAAGCGAUGGCAUAAACAUAGACUAUGGUAGAAGAGGAAUUUUCUUAAUUAUAUACUGAAAUAAUUAUUCAUAAGAAGCUAAAUUUUUAUACUUAAUAUUAAUCAUAAGAUUUGUAAUUUACUGAGAAAGAUUUUAAAAUUAUUGAGGCAAAAUUAUAAAUCAUCAAAUGAAAUUACUAAAAAAAUUCUUCGGAAUUGAAUCUUUUUUAAUGGAAUCGCAUCGAGACAACAACAACAACAACAACAGUGAUGAAGUUAAUCACAAAAAUUCUUCAAAAAAUUUUAAAAAAUCUUUUUGAUAACGAUUGAAAUGAGAAUGUGUUGGGAUAUUAAGUCAUAUACACCAGCUGAAUAUACAGUUUCAAGUACACAUUUGAAUAAAAUAUCAGGAAUUUUUAUAAAAAUAAAAUAAAACCUUUUUUGGAUUCACUCCUUUCCUACCAAUUCACAAAGUUUACAAAAAAUUGAGACAAACUGCUCUAAGGAAAAGAAGGUUAUUUAUUUACCUAAUCCACUACUGCCUAUACAUCUGCUUUAUUAACAGACAGUGAGCAUACUCUGAGUAUAGCUGUAUCCUUAGAAACCUUCUCCCAGUUCGGGAUAUUAAGGACUCUAGCGUCCUUUUCAACACAUGUAAUCCACGAGAUCUUCGGUCUUCCUCGUGGUCUCUUGCCAUGCUCUGA